AUCGAUUAUGGCCCUAUUCUGAUCAAUUUUCACAUUCCGAGUUUUGCAUUCAUUUUUAACCUAAGAAGAAGAGACAUCCCAAAAAUUAAAUAGAAAAAUAUACAGCCAAUCUUCUCAACAGACCAGAUAAUCUAUAAAGUAACGCCAUUUUACGCCACCAAAGUUUUACUUCGAGUUUUGGGCUUCCGUGAAAUUGAGACUGAAAUGUGCGUACAAUGUAGCGUGACUACUGCGAUCAUGUCAAUCUUGCGUGCUUGCGUGAUCGCGUGACUAAUCUUGCAAAGCUCAACUUGUCGUACCAGACGCAAGGAGUCACGACGCAAGCGUUUCACCUCUCGGUGCAAUUUGGGUUUUUUUUUUUUUGACCCUCGUGUAACAAUGGGGGAAGGUCUCAAGCGAGCACUGGUAGCCUUUCAAAAGUACAGGUUGGUAAAGAGGAUAAUCGCGGCGAUUGCCGGCGCUGUGGCAGGGAUUGCUGGCUGCAUCACAUUUGCCAAAGUCUAUCACAACUACAAUGCUGCUGUGUGGGCAGGCUUGUCGGCAGCGUUUGCUAUAGUGUUCCUGCGUUUGAAUUUCUCCGUUCGUCGCGAUUAUGAAAGAGUCAUUACAAGGGAAACGUUCAAAGCCUAUUUGUUGAUUGGUGUUCUGGGUACAGUUGCGGGAUUCGUUGCACUGAUCACUUAUAUUGUCCUGGGUGCAACACAUCACGAAAAAGGCUUACCAGCCGAAGGCUAUUUUGUAGUGUGUUUCUGGUCCGCGAAGACCGUGAUGUGGGGAGUGUGUACCAUGGGGUCUGCAAGGAGUUUCACCAAGAAAUACUUUGAAUCUUCUCCUGGUCUCGUGCAAAAUAAUUCAAUAUAUUGACUUCAAGACAAAUUAAGAACUGUGUUGUCUCUGUUAGUAUCUUGUAGUUGUGCAUUGUAUUUGUCCUUUGUCCAAGGGUAUCUAGUCAGGAUUACAUCACCUUGUAGACUCCUAGUUCAGUGUAAAUAAUCCAAUGUAGUGACCUCAAGAUAAAGAACUGUGAUGACUCUGUUACGUGGUA